AUGGCCAAGAGAAACCCACAGCUUUGUUUACCAACCUCCAUGAACUCCUUGCCCAUGCAAUUGGUUGCAAGGCUAACCAAAGACAUAGUCGAAACGUAUCAAACAUGCAAUCCGCAAUUUAGUUAUUCAGAAGAAUUUAAUCCAAAAAGAUAUUUGACCAGCCCAUCAGCUGGAGUCCUCAACGAUGGCCAUGAUAAUGUGAACUCAGACCUUAUUCUGACUGCAAACUUUGCUUUGGUCAAUUUAGACACACAGAGAAGAUACAUAGUCAAAGAUGUCCUUGGUCAUGGGACUUUUGGUCAGGUUGCUAAAUGCUGGGUUGCAGAAACUAACAGUUUUGUUGCUGUGAAGAUUAUAAAAAACCAGCCUGCUUACUAUCAGCAAGCUCUGGUUGAAGUAUCUAUUUUGACAAUGUUAAACAAGAAGUAUGAUCCUGAGGAUAAGCAUCACAUUGUUCGUAUUUAUGAUUACUUUGUAUACCAGCGGCAUUUAUGCAUCUGCUUUGAACUUCUUGACACAAAUCUGUAUGAGCUUAUCAAGAUAAAUCAAUUUAGGGGGUUAUCAUUGAACAUUGUCCAAUUGUUCUCUAAGCAGAUUUUACGUGGGUUGGCUCUAUUAAAAGAUGCUGGGAUAAUCCAUUGUGAUCUGAAGCCAGAAAACAUUCUCUUGUGCACAAGUGUGAAGCCAGCAGAAAUUAAAAUAAUUGACUUUGGAUCAGCAUGCAUGGAAGAUCGCACGGUUUACUCCUACAUUCAGAGCCGUUACUAUAGAUCUCCUGAAGUUCUUCUAGGUUAUCAAGGACAACCUCCUGAUUAUGUGCUAAAAGAGGCGAAGAAUGCAAAUAAGUUCUUCAAGUGCAUUGGGAGUGUCCAGAAUCUAGAGAAUGUCGAAGUUUCCUUGGGAGAAAGAAGUGCAUACCAAGCAUUAACUGUGGAAGAAUAUGAAUCUAGAGAGCGGAAAAAACCAUCUAUUGGGAAGGAGUAUUUCCAUCAUAGGAACCUUGAGGAAAUUGUUACAAACUAUCCUUACAGAAAGAAUUUGCCUCAGGAAGAUAUAAAGAAAGAAAGUCAAAUACGAUUAGCUUUGAUUGAUUUCUUGAGGGGACUUGUUGAGUUCGAUCCUGCAAAACGUUGGUCCCCUUUUCAGGCUUCAAAACACCCUUUUGUAACUGGGGAACCUUUCACAUGCCCAUAUAAGCCUCCUCUGGAGACCCCUCGUAUGCCUGUUUCCCAAAAUUUUAAGGUGGACCAUCACCCAGGUGGAGGGCAUUGGUUUGCAGCUGGUCUCUCUCCUAAUAAUCCUGGAAGGACCAGAGUUUCCUUGCACACUAGCCCACAUUUCCUGGCAGUUCCAUAUGGUCAUGGUACUAGUUAUGGUAGUGUAGGAAGUCAUGGCAGCUAUAAUGAUGGCAUUGGCCUUGGAAGCAGCUAUGGAAGCUAUGGAGAUAGCAGUAAUAUGUUUGCAUAUUAUUCACCAGUUGCUCCCUCUGGCAUGAACAUGCAUCCACAGGCUGGUCUGUCAAUGUUUGGAAGUAGUCCAGAUGCAAGAUGGAGGUUUGUUCAAUAUUCACAUGGAAAUGGUCUUGGUAUGAGUCCAUCAGCAGGAAACUUCGCACCACUGCCCCUUGGAACCAGUCCCUCACAGUUUACUCCACCAAGCUCCUACAGUCAAGCUUCAGCUGGUUCUCCUGGACAUUAUGGUCCAACUUCCCCUGCAAGAGGCUGCAGUCAUGGAUCCCCUUUAGGAAAAAUGGCUGCAGUUACUCAAUUCAAUAGAAGAAAAAGUUGGGGGUAUUCUGGAAGUUCUCAGUCUCAAGAGUGUACAUCUUCAAAUUGGCAAGGACAAUCAACUGAUGGUACUUUCUCUAACCAAGCUGAGGAAAAUCCUGCGGUACUUGGUAAUUCACCCUCACAUCGGCAGUCAAGCUGGAUGCAGCAACAAGGAGGCAGUGGAAGUGUACCAGGUCCCUCAGCCAUUCAGAGUAUUCCAGGCUCUUUUAAGCCUAGUCCUAAAAUGAACUGCUCUCAAAGUGCGGGUCCUAUUCAUGAUAAGCCUGAUGCUAGCCUUUCACUGCCAGAUCCAGGGGAUUGGGAUCCCAAUUACAGUGAUGAACUUCUUCUGCAAGAGGAUGGUUCAGAUGUGAGUUCCUUGAGCACUGAGUUUAGCAAUAGCAUGCAUCUUGGUUCUGGUGUUCCAAUGGCAGGUGUUGGAAGAUCCAACCAUGCCUCAAAUGCGAGCUCUAGUUCAUCAAACCUAAGACAAAAUGGGCCUAUUCAUUCAUUUUCACAUGAUGACGUUGGCAGUCCGCCUUCAGCACAUGAUCUCCAUGUUGGAUAUGGCCGUUCAAUGUCAAAGCCUUCUUACUUUACGCCUCAUGUCUCACAAAAUUCUCCAAGCCGCUUAGGACAGCAACCCCUUCAGCGUUUCAGUCAUGGAAGGCCUGCUGGUCGGGGUAGUGAAUGGAAUCAUAUCAAGGUCCAGCCCCUUCUUCCAGCUUCAAUUCUGGGGGCAACGUUCUCCAGGAAGCAGUUCAUUGAACAACAGCAUGCCAUGGGGGCCAAUUUCAAUAGCAUUCCACCACCAUCCCGGGGAAGAAAAGACUUUGGAAGGAUUGCCUAG